GUACGACCAUAUCUCGAACUCAUUCGGCUGGAGAAACCGACAGGAACCAUUCUUAUGUUUUGGCCCUUCGCCUGGGGCCUUACGAUGGCUGCAUACAGCAGUAGCCUUCCGCUAGGGAACUACUGCGUUGACCUUGUGAAGUGCCUGAUUGGCGCUUUCAUAAUGCGGAGCUCAGCAUGUACCAUUAAUGAUAUCUUUGAUCGGAAGAUGGAUGCCGGCGUUGAACGAACGCGCAACAGGCCUUUAGCCAGCGGCCGCGUUUCCGUUUUCGCCGCCACUGUAUAUUUACUUGUUCAGUACGGGAUCGGCCUUGUGUUUUUCUCCCUCACUGUACGAGGUCUGGCUCUGAUGACGACCAUUCAUAGUUUCGCCAUUUACCCUCUCAUGAAGCGCGUGACCCACUGGCCGCAAGCGUGGCUUGGGUUCGCAAUGAAUUUCGGUUUCGUCACCGCCUGGGUUGCGACAACCGGCGACUUUAACAUUAAUUUGAUUGGCGCAGCGAUGACCGGUUGCUGGUUCUGGACUAUGUUGUACGAUACCAUAUACGCCUGCCAGGAUAUCAAAGACGACGUGAAAAUGGGGGUUCGUUCGACUGCCAUCCUUUUCGGCGAGUGGAUUCGGCCUCUUCUCAUGCUCUGCGGAGUUGGGUUCGUCUCAAUGCUUGGUCUCGCUGGAUACCUCAACAAACAAGGACCGGCAUACUUCAUUGUAUCAGUUGGGGGUGCGGCUUUGCAUGUUAUCUGGCAGUUCCUGACAGUUGACUUGGAAGUGCCGGCGAGUUGUUGGAGGAACUUCAACCGCAACGGUCAACUUGGUUGGAUCGUUUGGGGUGGCCUCUUUGUCGAUUACCUC